UUCUUUCAAUAUGGUAACCCUAUCUGUGAUAGUCGCCCAUGAAAAAUGACGCAUCUUUGUUUUUGAGAGUUUUUGUAAUUCGCUUUCGGGAUCUUUUGUCUUUAAUUUUUGGAAUUGUGAUUAUUCACAAAAAAUCCGGUCUACUAGCUGAAAUGUGCGAUUCGGAUAAUGAUGCAUUCGAAAGCGCUGACGAGGAAAUUGAAGAUGCGAGACAGCAAGUGGCAAAGAUAACUGGUGAAAAAUCAAGCACUUUGAGUAAACCUGCUUCUGACGUGGAGAAUAAAGUGAAUCUAGAUAAAAGUGUCGACACUGAACAUGAAAUUGAACAGGAGCCGAAGAAAAUAGCAAUAGGAAAUAUUGUACUCCCAGACAUAGAAAAGGAUACGGACGGAAAGCUUUUGAUGGAAAAAGCAACAGAUUCUAAAAAAUCUUCCACAGUAGAAGAAGGAUGGGAUAAUUUCGACGAUGAUUGGGGAGAUUUUAACGUGGAUACAAACGAAAACAAAUUGAAAACACAGAGUACGAUUAAGCCGGAAAAUGAAACCAAAACCAGUUUCAAAGAUGUAGACAUUGACGAAGUAGAACUCAAAUUGAAAGAAUUCAUGAAAGGACAAGAAGAUCCACCGGUCAGUUAUGUAUUCGAUCGACUUACACGCCAAGAAAGCAAAGAAGAAGAUUCCGGACAAUCAUGGGGUGCCUGGAAACCUAGCUGGGGUGGAGCAGCAGUGUCGUUUCUAUCGUCAGCUUCGAAAAGCGUAGCAUCCAUCACGACUAACAUUACACAGGUAAUUGAAUCUGGAAUUGGCGUUCCCAAUCCAGAAGAAUUAGCAAAACGGCAAGCAGAAGAACUCGCAAAACUGAAAGCUGAUGGAUACAUUGCAGAUGAAGAACCAGUUUCAACACCCGAGAAUCUUGGAACCGAUCGGUUUGGGUUUGAUCAAAUAUUCUCUGGAGUGACACAGAUUAGCAGCAAAGUGAUCACGGGUGGUCUCGACACGCUAGAGGGUAUCGGCAAAAAAACAAUGACCAUUCUGCAGGAAAAUGAUCCCGGAUUGUUAAACAAACGCAGUUUACUAGGAAUGGGUAAUGAUGGAGUUGUUCUAAGUCAAGUACUUCGGGAGGCUAAAGAAAAAACUGAGGAACGCGAGAAAAAUCUAAAACAGGUACAGAAGCACCUCUACAAGAAAAAGCUUCACUUCGAAUCAUUGUUCGAUGAUUAUCACGGUUUAGUUCAUUUGGAAGCACUAGAAAUGCUUUCGAAACAGGCAGCUCUCAAGUUAGAAUCAUUACUAGCUCCUCUAACGGGAAAUGCUUUGGAUGAAUUACGCGAAACCAUGAGUGAGGUAAAGGAACUUUGCGAACUUCCAGAAUCAGAAAAUGAUGAUGCAGAUGGCACCCACAGCGUUGAUGAAUUGGGGAAAAAGCUGAAUGAAGCGGUUACCGAUUUGGAUGAAGUGAAUGUCGAUUUUCAGGAUUUGCUGAAAUGUUGGAAGGAUAAUAUGGAGUGGCUGAAGGAUGAAUCUUUUUCCCGUACUACGCAACAAAUUUUCGAGAAAGCUAUGCAUGCACUAGCCCAAACAACUGCGCUUUGUGUUUUGCGAAUGCAUAAACUGGCCGAAAUUCUGCUUAUUCUUGAACAUCACAGCACAGCAAACGAAGCAGACGCGCUGGUUCAACUGACCACCGUUUUCUGCUGGCACCUGAGUGGUGUAGCUGCUCGGUUUUCCGCCGAAUUGAGCAAUCGAAAAAAUGAGAGCAACAGUCGCCGGUCAUCGGGGGAAGACAGUGAUAAUUCAUUAAUUACCAACAUCUUUUUGGAGGGAUCCAAUAGUAUAUCCUACGUUCAAAACGCUUUCCAAUUAUUCAUUCCGAUCUUGCAAAUCGGAGCGGCGUAAAACAAACAGUUUCUUUGGUAAAUUUAAAAAGAUUGUUUUUAUUAACCUUUUUUUCCUGUAACAAGAGUAAGUGUGUUAAUUAUAUCUACAAAACAAA